UGCCGAUAUAAGCGAGGACUCUGGGAGACUUGGGCAUACCAAAGGAGAAGCAGCCUCUGGUUCCUUUGAAGGUGAAGAAACAAAAGACACUGAGCUUGACGUGCAGAUACACAUCAGCACAUCUGUGAUUCCAGCAGAAAUCUGACAAUGAAGCUGCCAUCAGUCUUUGUCCUCCUCCUCCUGGCUCCUCUGUUGACCAGCUGCAAAAAGCUCAUCAGGCCACUGGAUUGCAGCGAUAUCCACCGCCAAGACAGCAGCCAACCCAGCGGUGUGUACACCAUCUAUCCCCCAGAAAGGUCUGCUGUAAAGGUGUUCUGUGACAUGGACUCAGAAGGAGGCGGCUGGACGGUGUUCCAGAGGAGGAUGGACGGCUCGGUGAACUUCUACAGACCCUGGGAUCAGUACAAAAUGGGCUUUGGUAACCCUGCUGGAGAGUACUGGCUCGGUCUCGAUAUCAUCCAGUCUUUGACAAUGAAACAAAAGUGUGAGCUGCUGGUGGACAUGGAGGACUUUGAAGGAAAGAAAGUGUUCGCUCGUUACUCUUCAAUCAAGGUGGAUGCUGAAUGUGAGGGAUACAAACUGACUGUUUCUGGAUUCAAGGAUGGAGGGGCAGGAGACUCCCUGAGUGGUCACAAUGGACAGAAGUUCUCCACGUUUGACAAAGACCAGGACAGCUCAGGUGGAAACUGUGCCAAAUCAUAUCUGGGGGCGUUCUGGUACAAUAACUGUCACGCUGCAAACCCUAAUGGGGUUUAUCGCUGGGGGGCUGAUGGCACUCUCUAUGCUGUUGGUGUGGCAUGGUACAGCUGGAAGGGUCAUGACUACUCCCUGAAGGUCAUCAGCAUGAAGAUCCGUCCUGUGCUGUAAAUGUGCAGAACAAACUCACAGCAGAACAUCACAUGUUGAUUUCUCUCUUUUCUCUCCUUUAUUGUGUAAUCCCAGAGAAUCUUUCACAUUAAGAAUCAGUUCAUAUGAAUAUUUCAGCAGAGUGUGAGCAGCUGCUGGCUGUCAAACAGCUGCAGGUGGAGAGAAAUGAUUGGACAGCUGGGGAACAAAUACAGAGCAGUUUCCAUCAGAAACAUCACAUUCUGCAAUGGGCUGAUGAAGAACCACAUGUCACAUGUUGUUCUCUUGCAUCAAUGACAUAAACGCAUUCUUCCACUAGAGGUCUCUGCUGGGAGUCUCAGUUUCACUGAGUGUAUCUGUGCUGUCAGAGAGACUCAGACUCCACAUGAAGCCUCACUGUGACUGGAUCUUACUGUUUGUUUGGAUGUUCCCAACAGCAGAAGGAGAGAACAAGGCCGUCUCAGAAGGUUUUGUUUGGUUUCUCUUCACUCAGUCGGUUCAAUCUGCAGCUGCAGCUCAGCACACUCAGCUUUAAAGUCUCACUGAUUAGUUUGAAUCCGGUGUUUGGUGGUGGUCUGAUACCUGAUGUCAAUCAUUAUCUUCUGCAUACUGACAAUAAAUGAGAAGCAAACA